AUGACUUCUUUCGGAAAAUAUGUUAGUAAUUUUGUCAAAACAGCUGUCUCGUCUAUUUCCCCUAAUAAAGUAAUACCUUAUACUCUAAGCCAAUACGAAUCUGAAUAUGAAGAUUGUGAACAAUUACUACAACAAAAGUCAAUUUAUUAUUUCUACAAAGUGGCAAAUCAUUUUGAUAUGGUUUACCUACCUGGAUCAGAUAGCAUUCCAAUCAAUGGAGAGACUGUUUAUGCUUACAGUUUAUUUAGAUUUCAAGGCGAACAAGAAGCAGGUGUUGCCGUAUUUUUACGACACAUAGAAGUUUUGGAUCCUCUGCAUUUAGCCUGUAUGAACAUGAAUUUAUCCAUCGAUCGUACACAUUUGGAAAAAAUAAAUACUUAUUGUCGGAACCAGUGUGGCUGGUCAGCUGCUCAUGUAGCUGCAGCAAUGUCUUGGCUUGAGGUUUUCCUAAGCGAGUCCGUAAACCGUCUUUUAAACGAAUAUGAUCCUUUUUCUGGUCUAACUCCACUACGAGUUGCAAUAAAAGAGAAUGAUGAAGAGACAGUUCGGUUUUUGGUAGCCUUGGAUAAUAUCAAGGCAAGUGAAAAAGAUGAGGAUGGUAAUACUGUUCUCCAUUUGGCUUUGGGAAAUACUUCGGUGAAAAUUUUAUCUCUACUUCUUGACAAUCUUCAAAGUUUAGAUGUCAAUGCUUUGAAUAACAAAGGUGAAUCUCCUUUACAUAUUGCCUGUCGUAAUAAUUCUAUGGAAUGCAUUGAAAAGCUGCUUAAAGCUGGUGGUGAUCCUAUGAUUGGUGAAUUCGAAUCAUUUCCUAUUCAUAUUGCUGUCAAUAAUGAUUCACUUGAAUGUGUUAAUCUACUGUGCACCUAUUGUCCUAAUUGUAUCAAUCUCCCAGAUUUAAUAAAUCAUAAUACUCCAAUUCAUUUGGUACAUAAUUCGAAAAUUUUUGAAAGACUGUGUGAACUUGGAGCUAAUUUAGAUGCACGCAAUGAUCUAGGAUUGACUGUUUUACAUAUGAAAGUACGCGAUAACAAUUUCGAAGAUGUUUUGGCCUUAUUAAUUUGUGGUGCUGAUCCAAAUUUGCGUAAUGCUAGUGGAGCAACUCCUUUACAUUAUGCCAUGACUUAUAAUGCAUCAAUUCAUACUAUUCGUGCAUUAUUGGCAUUUGAAGCGGAUCCUUAUGCUCUAAACAAUAGUCAGCACAGUUGUCGACAUUUAUUAUGUUGUAAUGCUGACAGUUAUAUACCUUCACCUGAUCGAGAUUUAGCCUUGUACACUUUGGAUGCAUUAGGUAUCAGUCGAUGUCCUCCUGGGACCAUAAAUUGUACAGAAGGUUGUAUGGACCUAGAAUGUGCUGAACAACGUAAUCUAACUGUAUUUAAUGGCACACCUCCAGAAGUAGUUCCUCAUUUCGCAGAUGUCGCACGUGAAUCAAUCGAAGAAAUUCUCUUAUCCACUACUUCAUUUGAUUUUAACCCUUCACAUCAAACAAGUCAAAUGACUCAAUCUCAAACAAUGUUUAAUAAUGACUUAUCAAAUGGUAUGAUUCCACGUUCAUACAAUUGCCAUUCAGAAAAUCAUGAUGUAAAUAAGAAUAAUAUCAAACAACGAAAUUCACGUAAAAAUAUAUCAAAGCCCCAAAGACGAUAUUCACAUAUUCCAAAAUUUCAUCGACAAAUGGAACCUUUAACAAAUGGUAAUAAUGUACACCUGGCAUCUUUUAGCAUUCCCUCCGACUCAGAAGUUGAUCUCACAUCGAAUUCACAUUCAACUGAACAAUUAAAUUACACUAAAUUUACUGAUGUAACAAAUAAUUCACAGCAAUCAUCUGACGAUACAAAUCCCAAGAAAGUACAUUUACCACCAGAGGUAACAUUUAAUUUCAAGCCCACAAAAUGUGUUUGUGAUCGUUCAGUAUUCGUUAAACGUAAUGGAAUACCUAUGGAUUUAGACACAUCAUCAAUGACAACAACAACAAAUUGCACUACUGCUAGUACUUUGGACACUAUCCCUACAAACCCUGAUAUUGUUGAUAUAUCUAAAAAUAAAGAUUUUGACAAAUUCAUCAAUCAUAAUCAACUAUCUGACUUAAAUACAGAUGAUGAUGAUCAUAAUAAUUGUAAUUUUACCGGUAAUCAACAUCGUGUCAAAAAAGCCAAAAAAUGGAAAAUUGGACCUAAUGGUCUUCGUGUUCUAUCGCUUGAUGGUGGUGGUAUGCGUGGACUAGUUAUCGUGCAAUUACUUCGUGCUUUAGAAAUAGCAUCUGGAAAGAAAAUUACAGAAUUAUUUGAUUGGAUCAUUGGUACCUCAACUGGUGCAGCGAUAUCAUUAUUCAUAAUAUCUGGCAAAUGUUUACAUUGUUGUCGUACAUUACUAUUUCGAUUUAAAGAUCUUAUCUUCUGUGGUAAACGACCAUAUCCACCGGAACCAUUAGAAAUGUUAAUGCGUAAUGAAUUCGGUGAUAAUACUGUGAUGACUGAUUUAAAAACAAUCAGAGCUGCUGUGACCACACUUGUCAGUGAUCGAUGUCCACCAAUAUUGCACAUGUUCAGAAACUAUAAAUCUCCCCGUACUCGAAUACAACAAAUUUUAGAAGCACGUCAAUCUGGAUUAAAGUCUUCUGUGUAUCAACCAACACACAAAAGAAAUAAUGGAUUAGCUCACCAUCGAUCUAUUUCUUCCGUCUCUGAGCUUGAUCGUGAAACCCAAUCUCCAAAAUCAUCAUCACUUUCAACUUCUCAAUCUAUUUUAAAUUUUUUCUCAAAUGCUCAGGGAUUGUUAAUAAGUAGUGAAACAAGUACCAACCUUUCAACAUCUGACACUGAAUUAAAUAAUCCAUUUGAAAAAAUGCCUUCAGAUAAUGAACAUCCAAUUUGGAAAGCUGCUCGGGCUUCAAGCGCUGCACCGACAUAUUUUAGACCUUGUGGGCGUUUUUUGGAUGGUGGAUUAAUUUCAAAUAAUCCAACAUUAGAUGUUUUAACAGAAAUUCAAGAAUUGCAACUUUUACAACGUUUAAAAAAUAAACCUAUAACUCCUAUAGCAGCGGUUGUUUCUCUUGGGACUGGACGGUUACCUGUAAUGCCUGUAGAGACAGUAGAUGUAUUUCGUCCACAAAAUAUUAUGGAAACAUAUCGAUCUGUACGUGGUUUCGGAUUUCUUGGUCGUAUUCUAGUCGAAAUUGCAACCAUGUCAGAUGGUCGGGUUGUUGAUCGUGCUAGUGCAUGGUGUGGUUCACUUGGAGUACCAUUCUUUCGAUUAAGUCCUCCAUUAUCAACUGAUAUUAGUCUUGACUCCACUGAUAGUAAAGAACUUUUACUGAUGAUUGUUGAAACUCAAACUUAUUUACGUCGAGUUCACGAACGGAUUGAGCUGUUAGCUUCAUUGCUGCAAUAG